AUGUCCGAAGAAAAAUCAAUCGGCAUAUCCUCGGGCGUGGACCCAGCCCUCGACAUUGAACGAAGCAAACGUGUCGACCCAACUAUGGAGAAACACUCUCACGACGCCGACGAGGCCAUGAAAGUCUUUGAUGAGAUGCAAGGCGAAGCCAUCGAACUGGAUGAAUCGACGAACCGGCGCUUAUUGAAGAUUAUCGAUUGGCAUAUGAUGCCCAUCAUGUGUUGUAUCUACGGCAUGAAUUAUUUGGAUAAAACGACUCUAUCUUAUGCGAGUGUCAUGGGCAUUAAGGAUGAUCUUGAUCUUCAUGGGGAUCAGUAUCAGUGGUUGGGGAGUUUGUUUUACUUUGGAUACCUCGCGUGGGAAUAUCCGACCAACCGUCUUCUUCAGCGUCUUCCUCUCGGCAAAUAUUCCGCUGCUUGUAUUUUGAUCUGGGGGUUAAUUCUUUGCUGUUUUGCUGCUGUUAAGAACUACUCUGGUGCUAUUGCGAUUCGGUUUAUGCUUGGUGUUUUUGAGGCUGCUGUUACGCCUGGUUUUGCUUUGUUGACUUCUCAGUGGUACACAAAACAAGAACAAGGAAGCCGCGUCAACAUCUGGUUCUCCUUCAACGGCGUCGGCCAAAUUCUCGGCGGAGUAGUCGCCUACGGCAUCGCCGUCGGAGCCGAAAAGCACGGCUCAGCAAUCGACCCCUGGAAAAUCGUCUUCCUAGUAACAGGUCUACUGACCAUCGUACUGGGCUUCGUCUUCCUAUGGAUUAUCCCGGAUAACCAGCUCAACGCGCGCUGGCUAAAGAAGGAAGAUCGCAUUCUGGCCGUUGCCCGCGUGAGGGUUAACCAGCAGGGUAUUGGCAACAAGCAUUUCAAAAUGUAUCAGGUCAAGGAGGCAUUGCUUGAUCCUAUGACUUGGGCUUUCUUCUUCUAUGCGCUUAUUGCUGAUAUUCCUAAUGGUGGCAUUACUAAUUUCUUUAGUCAGUUGAUCAAAAGCUUCGGAUACGACGAGAAACAAAGUCUGAUCCUGGGUGUUCCUGGCGGCGCUGUGGAAAUCGUCGCUCUACUUCUCAACGGCUGGGUCGGUCAUAUCACCGGCCAACGUAUCCUCGCCAGUUUGGGUGGCCUUGUCGCCUCGAUCGUGGGCAUGUUGCUUAUCGUCGCGCUACCCCUGUCCAACGAUGUCGGUCGCUUAAUCGGCUACUAUCUCACCCAAGCUAGCCCGACACCCUUUGUGGCCUUGUUGUCACUCAUCUCUUCCAACGUGGCAGGAUACACGAAGAAGACGACCGUCGCAGCUUUAUACCUUAUUGGAUAUUGUGCAGGAAAUAUCAUUGGUCCGCAGACAUUCCGUCCUAAGGACGGACCCCGCUACGUCCCCGCUGAAAUCACCAUCAUUGUUUGCUGGGGUGUGUGUCUGUUCCUGCUGGUCGGGGUUUGGCUUUGGUAUCGUCGUGAGAACAAGCGCAAGACGCUGUUCACUGCCCGACCGGAGUAUGUGAGACUGGAGAAUCAAGAGUGA